UUCAACGUAUAAAUUCAUCGUGUUUAAUGUGAGGAUGUACACAUAUUACUGUGCAAAUAUCAUUCAUUCCUAUAUAUGCCAGUGCACUGGGGUUGUAAAACCCUCCCAUUGAGGGAGGCAGAGCGUCGGGAGGGAUGGAUGACAGAAUGACAGCAGUGCGCGCGGAAUAAAUGCUCGCGUACCGGAGCGGCAGAAGCGCAGAGCUUCUCACGCGCUGCGUGUUUAUACAGCAGCUCGCUCAGACAUGCCACGCUUCUUCUGAGUGGGACAUCAAGAAAAAAAGUCUUAACCUUCCAUCGGAAUAUUGCCAAGGGGAUAACCGCACUGUUUGAGACGAUAUUUAUAGCUUUUCAAAGUGAAAAGAUCAGCGCUGACGCACAGAAAGACACAAUGCAGGAAUCUGAGCCCAGCGUGUGUCAGCUGCAGCCCAACAUCAUCUCAGUGCGCCUCUUCAAAAGAAAGAUCGGUGGGCUGGGCUUUCUGGUCAAACAACGUGUGUGCAAGCCGCCCGUUAUCAUCUCCGACCUCAUCCGGGGCGGGGCGGCAGAGGAAUGUGGGCUGGUCCAGGUCGGCGACAUUGUCCUGGCCGUGAACAACAAGCCUUUGGUGGACCUGAGCUAUGAACGUGCGCUCGAGACCCUGAAGAACGUGUCGCCCGAGAGCCACGCCGUCCUCAUCCUCCGGGGACCCGAGGGCUUCACCACUCACCUGGAGACCACGCUGAGCGGCGACGGUAAACCCAGAACGGUUCGCGUCACCAGGCCCGUCAACCCCGCUCAGAGCAGGUCGUGCGAACGAUGCUCGCCCGUCACGCCCAACAUGACCAAAGAGCUCAGGGCGAUAGAGAACCUGUCCUCUGCCUACACUCCCGGGAAAGAACCGCGAGAGAACAAACCCUUGAUUCCCCUGCUAUCCCAGGACUCUCUGCUAAGAGAAGGAGGCCAUUCAGCCCUCCUCCUCAAUGGGGUGGAGGAGAACAACGACCUGCUGAAGGAGAUUGAGCCAGUGCUGAAGCUCAUCAAGAACAGCAAAAAAGAGAUCAAUGGAGAAGGUCAGAGAGUCAUAGACAGGAAGGAUGUCGAGGUGCAGGUGGAGAGAGACCUUGGUGUGGGAAAUGGACAGAACGCCCAGCUGGCGUCGGAUAACGACAGAGUGUUCGAUGACCUCUGGAGAAAGGACAGCAUGCCUACGGUGCUUAACAACCCUUACUCAGAGAGUGACAAGCCGCAAUCCCAUGGAAGAGUUUCCCCCACUAAGACUGUACAGAAUGGAAGUCCCUCCAAAUGUCCCAGAUUCAUGAAAGUGAAGAAUUGGGAAACUGGAGCUUUAUACAAUGAUACUCUACAUCACAGCUCCAGCACGGUUCCUAUCUGCACCGAGCGUGUUUGUAUAGGCUCUGUUAUGGUGCCAAAUCAGCACAGUCGCAAACCAGAUGAAGUCCGAAGAAAAGACGAACUGCUACCACUUGCGACAGAUUUCAUUGACCAGUACUACACAUCAAUCAAAAGAUGCGGCUCAAAGGCUCAUGUUGACCGGCUAGAAGAGGUCAAAAAAGAGAUUGAAACUUCUGGAACAUAUCAGUUGAAAGACACAGAGCUAAUCUAUGGGGCCAAACACGCAUGGAGAAAUGCAGCUCGCUGUGUGGGACGGAUCCAGUGGUCCAAAUUACAGGUGUUUGACGCUCGAGACUGCACAACCGCUCACGGAAUGUUUAAUUACAUCUGCAACCACAUCAAAUACGCCACCAACAAAGGAAACCUCAGAUCGGCUAUUACCAUCUUCCCCCAGAGGACAGACGGGAAGCAUGACUUCCGGGUGUGGAACAGCCAGUUAAUCCGGUAUGCAGGCUACAAGCAGCCUGACGGAUCAAUUCUUGGAGAUCCAGCUUCUGUGGAGCUUACAGAGAUCUGUAUACAGCAAGGAUGGAAAGCUCCAAAAAGCCGGUUUGAUGUUUUGCCCCUUCUUCUCCAAGCUAAUGGGAACGAUCCUGAGCUUUUUGAGAUUCCUGAUGAUCUUGUACUUGAGGUUCCUAUCUUACAUCCAAAGUUCGAAUGGUUUAAGGAGCUGAAUCUAAAGUGGUACGGCCUUCCUGCCGUAUCAAGCAUGCUGUUAGAGAUCGGAGGACUGGAGUUCACCGCCUGCCCCUUCAGCGGCUGGUACAUGGGGACCGAGAUCGGUGUCAGAGACUUCUGCGACAGCUCUCGAUACAACAUACUUGAGGAAGUAGCUACAAUGAUGGGGCUGGACACGAGGAAGACUUCAUCCCUGUGGAAGGACCAAGCUCUGGUGGAGAUCAACAUCGCAGUCCUUUAUAGCUUUCAGAUGUCAAAGGUUACCAUAGUAGACCAUCACUCGGCCACUGAGUCCUUCAUGAAGCACAUGGAGAAUGAGUACAGAGUGAGGGGAGGCUGCCCGGGUGACUGGGUUUGGAUAGUGCCGCCCAUGUCAGGCAGCAUUACACCUGUUUUCCAUCAGGAAAUGCUCAACUAUCGCCUAACACCUUCCUUUGAGUACCAGCCUGACCCAUGGAACACUCACGUGUGGAAAGGGGUGAAUGGAACACCCACAAAGAAAAGAGCGAUUGGAUUCAAGAAACUUGCCAAGGCUGUGAAAUUCUCUGCCAAACUCAUGGGGCAGGCCAUGGCCAAGAGAGUCAAAGCCACCAUCUUGUUCGCCACAGAAACUGGGAAAUCGCAGGACUAUGCAAAAACACUCUGUGAGAUUUUCAAGCACGCAUUUGAUGCCAAGGUGACGUCCAUGGAUGAAUAUGACACAGUCGAUUUGGAACACGAGACGCUUGUGUUAGUGGUGACAAGCACGUUCGGCAAUGGGGACCCUCCUGAAAAUGGAGAGAAAUUUGGUGCGGCUCUGAUGGAGAUGAGACAUCCCACCACCAGCGUAGAGGACAGAAAGACGUACAAAGUGCGUUUUAACAGUGUUUCUUCAUAUUCUGAUACCCGUAAAUCCUCCAGCGACGAACCUGAAACCAAAGCCAACUUUGAGAGCACUGGACCACUUGCUAAUGUCAGAUUCUCUGUGUUUGGCCUUGGCUCCCGGGCAUACCCACACUUCUGUGCGUUUGCCCACGCAGUGGACACGCUGUUCGAAGAGCUUGGUGGGGAACGAAUAAUGCGCAUGGGAGAGGGAGACGAACUCUGUGGCCAAGAGGAAUCCUUCAGAACAUGGGCCAGAAAGGUCUUCAAGGCUGCAUGUGACGUUUUCUGUGUCGGCGAUGAUGUUAAUAUCGAGAAAGCAAACGAUUCCUUGAUUAGUAACGAUCGCAGCUGGAAGAAAAGCAAGUUCCGGAUGACAUACACGGCGGAGGCACCGACGCUAACACAAGCGCUUUACAGCAUCCAUAAGAAGAAAGUUUAUGGGGCCAAAUUUCUGCAGAGACAGAACCUACAAAGUGCCAGAUCAAACCGGUCGACUAUAUUUGUGCGUCUUGAUGCCAACAAUCACGAGAGCCUGAAAUACUUGCCUGGUGACCAUUUAGGAGUUUUCCCUGGCAACAACGAAGAUCUAGUUACAACUCUUAUCGAGAAGCUGGAGGACGCACCUCCUGUCAAUCAAAUUGUGAAAGUGGAGUUCUUAGUGGAAAGAAACACAGCAUUGGGUGUGAUAAGUAACUGGACGGAUGAGAGUCGUAUUCCGCCCUGUACCAUCUAUCAAGCUUUCAAAUACUUCCUGGACAUAACCACCCCUCCUAGUCCUCAAUUAUUGCAACAGUUUGCUCCUCUAGCGACUAAUGAGAAACAGAGAAAGAGACUAGAGGUGCUCAGCAAGGGUUUGCAGGAGUAUGAGGAGUGGAAGUGGUACAAUAACCACACCAUAGUGGAGGUGUUGGAGGAGUUCCCGUCCCUCCAGAUCCCCUCCACCCUGCUCUUGACACAGCUACCCCUCUUACAGGCACGGUACUACUCCAUCAGCUCCUCUCCAGACCUCCAUCCGGGAGAGAUCCACCUCACUGUGGCGGUGGUGUCCUAUCGGCCCAAAGAUGGAGAGGGUCCCGUACACCACGGAGUGUGUUCCUCCUGGCUCAACAGCUUGGAAGAAGAUGAUACGGUGCCAUGCUUUGUCAGAGGGGCUCCAACGUUCCGUAUGCCCAAAGACAGCCAGGUUCCGUGUAUUCUGAUUGGUCCAGGCACUGGAAUUGCUCCAUUCAGAAGUUUCUGGCAGCAGAGACUCUAUGAUAUUGAAAAUAAGGGAAUCAAGGCAUGCCCCAUGAUCUUGGUUUUCGGUUGUCGGCAGUCACAGAUUGACCACAUUUACAAGGAAGAGACCAUCCAGGCCAAGAACAAGGAAGUGUUUAAAGAGCUUUUCACCGCAUACUCCAGAGAGCCUGGGAGACCAAAGAAAUACGUCCAGGAUGUGCUUCGAGAGCAGCUGUCUGAAACAGUGUACAAGUAUCUGAGAGAAGAAGGAGGACAUAUCUACGUCUGCGGGGACGUCACCAUGGCCGGAGAUGUACUGAAAACAGUCCAGCAGAUCUUUAAACUGCACGGCAACUUGACUCUGGAGGAUGCCGGCUUCUAUAUCAGCAAACUAAGGGAUGAGAAUCGAUACCACGAGGACAUUUUCGGCGUUACUCUGCGCACUUACGAGGUCACCAACCGUCUAAGGUCGGAGUCUAUUGCAUACAUCGAAGAGAGCAAGAAAGACACGGAUGAGGUGUUUUGUUCAUAGUUUCAUUUUCAGUCCAUAUCGCUGGUUUUUGCUCAUAAUCAGCCAACCAGAAGCAUGAUGGGACACCAACCAUGAUUCGGGAAAACUGUGCCAAGUUUGUCUAAUUUAAAAACGGUUUCUUCUUUUCCUUUUUUUAAAUGGAAUAUUUCAUUU